AGCCUUUCUCCAACAUUCAAAGGAAAUGCUCGGCAAACCACAGAAGAAGAAACUCAUUUUGAAAUGUGUUGAAUGAAUUCGCUGGGCUAAGAAAUUCCUGGCUACUUAUUAGAACUUAAGUUUAACUAAACAUUUUUUCACAACUGUUGUAGCUUACGGUUUGAGGUGAUAAUGUCGGGGAUUCCUCCGGACACAUGGCAGCCUCCCACAGUGGCUUUGGAGACGACGAUGGGGACUGUUGUGGUGGAGCUGUACUGGAACCAUGCACCAAAGACAUGCAAGAACUUCGCAGAGCUGUCCAGAAGAGGCUACUACAACAACACCAAGUUUCACCGGAUCAUCAAAGACUUCAUGGUGCAGGGAGGAGACCCCACAGGAACAGGUCGAGGUGGUGCCUCCAUUUUUGGCAAACAGUUUGAGGAUGAACUACAGCCAGAACUAAAAUUCACAGGUGCCGGUAUUCUAGCGAUGGCCAACGCGGGGCCGGACACCAAUGGCAGUCAGUUCUUCCUCACCCUCGCACCCACUCAGUGGUUAGAUGGAAAGCACAGUAUUUUUGGAAGAGUGUGUCAGGGGAUGGGAGUGCUGAACCGGAUUGGGAUGGUGGAGACGAACAGCCAAGAUCGUCCAGCUGAUGAUAUCAAAAUUCUCAGAGCAAAUGUAUCCAGUUAAAUGAAACUUUUGUUUGUUUGUUUGCUUUUUUUAAAUAAAUAUCUUUUUAAUGUAA